GCGGGCCGGUGCGGGCCGGGACGAUGGCGGGGCCCAGCCUGCGGCCGCACGUGCACUGGGCACAGCGGCACCGCGAGCUCUUCCUGCGAGUGGACCUCAGCGACGUCCGGAACCCGGACAUCACCAUCACCGAUAAUGUCCUGCACUUCAGAGCCCAGGGUCACGGUGCCAAAGGAGACAACAUAUAUGAAUUUGAGAUCGAAUUCCUCGAGCCAGUCGAGCCUAAACCUGUGUGCAGGAUGACCCAAAGGCAGCUGAACAUCACUGUGCAGAAGAAAGAGAGUAACUGGUGGGAGAGGCUGACCAAGCAGGAGAAGCGCCCGCUCUUCCUGGCGCCCGAUUUCGACCGCUGGUUGGACGAGUCGGAUGCUGAGAUGGAGCUGAAGGAAAAGGAAGAAGAAAAGAUUAACAAAAUGAAAAUAGAAUCCAGAGUCCCAAAAGACCCUUUCAAACACCUGAAGAAGGGAUACCUGAUCAUGUAUAAUCUUGUACAGUUUUUGGGAUUCUCUUGGAUUUUUGUGAACAUGACAGUACGACUAUUCAUCUUAGGAAAAGAUUCCUUCUAUGACACAUUUCACACUAUUUCUGAUAUGAUGUAUUUCUGUCAGACCCUGGCAUUAAUGGAGAUCAUGAAUUCACUAAUAGGACUGGUCAAAUCACCACUGAUCCCUUCUGUAGUGCAGAUAUUCGGAAGAAACUUCGUUUUGUUUGUUAUCCUUGGAACCUUGGAGGAAAUGCAGAGCAAACCUGUGGUGUUCUUCAUAUUUUAUUUCUGGAGUAUCAUUGAGCUGUUCAGGUAUCCCUAUUACAUGCUUUCCUGCAUUGGAAUUGAAUGGAAACCACUCACCUGGCUCCGUUACACUGCCUGGAUCCCUCUCUACCCCUUAGGGGGCUUGGCAGAAGCUGUCUGUAUUGUUCAAUCCAUUCCAAUCUUCAGUGAAACAGGGAAAUUUAGCCUGGGAUUGCCAAAUCCACUGAAUGUCACAAUCCAGUUUCCAUUUGUGCUUCAAAUAUAUCUUAUAGCCUUGUUUUUAGGGGUAUUUGUAAACUUCCGUUACCUCUACAAGCAAAGGAAACAGCACCUUGGACCAAAGAAGAGAAAGAUGAAGUGAAGCAAGACUGCAAUGAUUUCUUAUCUCACUUGGGGACAAGAUAAGCCUCUAAUUCUUACGGUUUUACUCACUGUAAUUCAAGAAUUUUGUAAAAUGAAAUGACCACGCUAGAUUUCAUGAUUUCAUAGUGAAUUCAGGUAACAUUCCCUUAUAUUGGAUUUUGUUCCCUUUCCAUCAUCUAUGCAUGGCAUUUACCAUUGAACAUUUAAACUUGUAUCCUGUCAACCAGCAUAUUAGAAAGAAAUCCUAUUAUCUGCAUAUGAUAUGCUUAUAAUCAGUGGAGCAGCACUAACUAGAAAUAGUGUUUAUCUUUUAAUUGGAGAUUUGCUCUUUCAAUAUUGCAUGCAGAUAGGGCUUCUGAUGUGGGAUAUGCUCUUUGCUGGCCUGUGCUGUUCCUGGGAGGCAUCUUGGUGGCAGGAGGAGGCACAGUCUGAGGCCACUGUGCAGUGUUUGGGUGUUUAUCAACCACUGGGAUAAACUUGCUCAGUAUAUACCCCCCCCUUUUCUCUGCAGCAUUAUUGAUGGUACAGAAUUAAAACUGGAAGUAGCUAAUGCUGAUUUAAAUGCUACCAACUUAGUCUGUUUCUAGUUGAGCCUUAACAGAAUAGGAGCUCUGUGUGGACCAUAGCAAUGUGUAUUCCUGUAGCAACACAUCCUGUCCAGUCAUUAGGGAAAGGAAGCUGCCACUGAGGGCAGAAAUGCUUUCCUGGUUGGUAGAGCAAGCACUGAAAUGUAACAAAACAAGGGAACAUAGGUACCAGCUUUCCUGGCACGUGAACCCCAACAGAACUCCAUCCAACCCAUGCAAAGGGAGAAUGUGGAAUUCUCAUGGGACAUGGGGCCCCUCUGAUCCAUCCUGGCAGGGCUGUGGCUCCUGUAUUUACAGCCUUCAGCAAGGCAGCAAAGUCACUCUUCUACCUGCAUUUAGGGGUGCAGCAGAGAAGUUGGUGUGUAUGGUUGGCUGGCUCCUGGGGGGAUGGAACAGGGGGCUCAAAUAAACUGUAUUAUUUAGAUAGCACAUAUCAAAUCUUAGUAAGGGAGGUCCCACACAGGGUUUGAAGGACCCUUUUCUCUUUGCUUGCUUUAACCACCACCACCACCAGAGAGAGGCUCCCCCCACGUUUCAGGUCAUCUGCUGUCUCACCUGGAAACCUCUAGCUCAGUUGACUUUAUUUCAGCAUAUCCUUCUUCACACUGAGCCUCCUGUAGCUGAUCCCAGAUUCCUCUGGCCUCCUUAACCCAGUUUAGAAAGGUACAGCAAGUUUAGUUCAAACUGCACUGUGGUUAUGAACAGGUUGUUUCCCAACUGCUACUGCCCCAGGCACUGCAGAGCAAUGCCAGCAAUCCAGAACAGACACAAGCUGAGAUUAGCUUAGUGCCAUGUUACUAUUUAUCUUUUUCUAUUGUAAAACAAUAUGAACCCUCCAGAAAAUUAUUUUAUAUAUAUUAAAAGUAACAAACAGCAGAAGGUUUGUGAUAUGGACCCAGUGCUUGUUACUGUAAAUGAAAUAGUGUUAUGAGGAGACUAGCAUAGAAGCAGUACAAGCUCCAUGCUGCAUUUCACAAAUUGUGUUCUGUCAACAAGAGGCGUGAUACAACUUCUCUUUGGGAGAAGCACAGCCUACUUUACUCAGGAGAGUUGAGCACUAUUUACACAAUAUUUCACUUAGCACACACUGUACCUAUGUUUGAAGUAUGUGAAAGGGUUGAAUUAGCUGAGUAACAGAACAGCAAGGAUCACUUUCAUACUUUGAUUUCUUCUCUGGGCAUUUAAACCUCUGUUAUGAAAUCCGUAUGUAUUCAUCAGUGAAAUUGUGGUACCUAGUGCAAGCUGUCAUGGAUCUUACACUACUGAAUUUUAGUCCUUCAGAAAGAAUGUGUUUCUAUUAAUAAAGAUUUACAACCAAA